AUGUCGGGUAAAAGUGAUCUAUGGAAUCAUUUCAUAAAAAUGGACUUAGGAAACACAUGCAAAUAUUGUCACCAGGAAGUAAAAGCUAAGGGAAACACAACAAACUUGCGUAAUCAUUUACUAAGACGACAUUCAACAAUUAACACUGUAAGUGUCAAAAAGAAGAGUGAGUGUGAAAGUGGUGGUGGUAGUAAAUGUGAUAAUGCACGAAAUGGUGAAGGACAUGAACAAGUUCUUGACAACAUGAUUUUAGACAUCGUGCCAGUUCCACAUUUGCAAAAUGCUGAUAAUACGGAUGCUGAAAGCGUGGCUUCUUCUGCUGCCUCUCUAUCAGUCUUAAAACAGCAAACAUUGACAUCUUGCUUAACAAAUAUAAAAUCAUUUGGAGAUAAUGGUGUUAAGCGUGGUCAAAUAACAAAUGCAAUAGUCUUCAUGAUAGCAAAGGAUGGUUUACCUCUCAAUACUGUGGAAAAAACAGAAUUUCAAUAUUUAAUGAAAGCAGUAGCACCGCUUUAUAAAGUUCCAGCCAGAAAAACAAUUACUCAUAUGAUUGACGAUAAAUAUGACAUUCUUUCGACACAACUGAAAUUAAAAAUACAAGAAGUAGAAGCAUUACCUUUAACUGCAGAUGUUUGGACUGACUCGCAUAAUAGUCAAAGCUACUUAGCCUUAACUGGUCAUUGUAUAUACAUAUGAAAAUAAAUUAAUGAGCAUAAUUUUUGAUGUAACUGCUCUAA